AUGGCUUCUACAAAUGCCUUUGGCUCUAGCACUAGCUCCUCAGGAUCUCCAUGUGGAGCAUGCAAAUUCCUUCGUAGAAAAUGUACAUCUGAAUGCAUAUUUGCACCUUAUUUUUGCUGUGAACAAGGACCUGAUAGAUUUGCAGCCAUUCAUAAAGUGUUUGGUGCUAGCAACGUUUCCAAGAUGCUAUUGCAUAUACCUCCUCAAGAUCGUUAUGAUGCUGUUGUUACAAUAGCUUAUGAAGCUCAAGCUCGUAUUAUAGAUCCUGUUUAUGGCUGUGUCUCUAAUAUUUUUGCUUUGCAGCAACAGGUAGCAAGCUUGCAAGCACAACUGAUGCAAGUGAAGGCACAGCUGAGUCAAAACCUGGAGGAGUCAAAGAACAUGGAGAAUCUGUGGUCAGUAAAUGUUGCUAGACCACAAUUAAUCACAAACAUGAACCCUAAAUCUCCUAAGAGUUCGCUUGAGUCAAUUGAUUAUAGCUGCUGCAGCAUCAGUGAUGGAAUGAGCAUGCUAGACAUACAAAGCAACAGAGAAGCUUUCACUUUCUCGUUGCAAGCUUAUUCUAAGAAAAAUAAUGAUUUGACUGAGCUUCAAGAACUGGCUCUCAGAAUAGCAGGGAACUAA